CUUCGCACCUGUCCCUCGACCGGACAGCAGCCCAGUCUGACGGAGUCCACUGACCCAACAUGACGCCUCUGCAGUUGAGAAGACUAGUGAGGAUCGCCGGCGGGGUCGUUGUUAUGGUGGCCGUCUUAGCAGCAGGUGCAGUAGGAAUUUACUUCGUUCUUCGUGCAAAAGACAAUAAAACGCCGACUUCUGUACCACCCGAAGUCACGGUGGGUGAGGGUACUCUGAGAGGAGAGUGGGUGAAUAUUCCCAAAUACAAUAAAAGUUUUGCGGCUUUUCGAGGAAUUCCGUACGCCCAGCCGCCGGUUGGACAGUUGCGGUUCAAGGCACCACUGCCACCUGCCUCGUGGUUCGAAGUGCGGGAUGCCACCAAGGAGGGAUCUGCGUGCCUACAGCAGGAACUCUUAAGUAAAAAGAUUAUUGGGUCUGAGGACUGCCUGUACCUCAACGUGUAUCAUCCGCAAAACAGCUCGUCUACUUGGCUUCCCGUGUACUUCUUCAUUCACGGAGGUUCGUUUCUGUACGGCUCAGGGUCACACACUGUCUACGGCCCGGAUUUCUUUAUGCUUAAGGAUGUAGUAGUGGUCACAAUCAACUACCGACUAAACGCAUUCGGCUUCCUCAAUCUGGACAAUGACGCCGUGCCCGGGAACGCUGGUAUUAAGGACCAGGUCGCCGCCCUCCAGUGGGUGAGCCGAAACAUCCACAAGUUCGGCGGGGACCCACACUCCAUCACUGUAGGGGGGCAGUCCGCUGGCGCGGCCUCUGCGCACUGGCUUUCGCUUUUGUCUGGCCCAAAACUCCUCACAAAUGGCGUCAUACUGGAAAGCGGGUCGGCACUCCACAGCUGGGCGUACAACGAGGACAACUUUGACGUGGCACUGGACUUGGGGUCCCGCCUUACUAACGGCAGCACCGUGAGUCUGCAGGACGUGGCGCACCUGGUCAUGGAGCUCCCCGCCAUGGACAUCCUGGCUGCCGCAAUGUCGUUGGCGAACGAGCGCAUGUAUGCCAAUGCGACACAGAUCCCCUUUGCCACCUCGCCAGAACGAAGGAACCCACUCGCUUCAAGGCAAGAGCCGCUCAUCAGGGGGGACCCUGAAUCAUACAUCCUGACGGACUCGAUGGGCACAAACCCAAUUCGCAUGCUGAUGGGCAUGAACUCGCGGGAGUGGCUCGCUAGCAUUUACCUCCACGGAUGGGCCGCCCACCCUGAUUACAUGCGCAAGAGGAUUAAAAACCUUGUUACCGCCUUCCCAAAGAGUGUAGUAGCAGGCCACGACACUGCCAGGUACCUCAACCUGAACAAUGCGUUCACCCUUGAACAAGCAGUGGACGCCGUGUACCAACAGUUUUUCAAAGACAAUGCCACAGACUGCGACGACAUAUGCGUUUUUAAGGAGUACCUCGACCAUGUAACCAUAGGCAUUGACACCAACCGCCUGGCUGAGCUAAGGGUGCGCACUGACCGCUUAUCUGCCCCGACCUUCGUGUACCGCUUCGCUGUCCGGGCCAACUACAGCACCUCGCCCUUGUUGGACCCAGCGCAGGCAGCAGGCGGGGCGGUGCACUCGGACGAGCUUGGCUACUUGUGGAAGAUGAACAGGUUACAGCAAGAUAUCGAGGGUGACGAUCUUUCCUCGCUCACCUUGCGGCGCAUGGUCGACAUAUGGACGACGUUCAUCAAGCACGGGCACCCCGAAGAUUGGGAGAACAGAGGCUCGUGGAUCCCCAACGAGUUCCGCAGAAAACCCGGCGACACCAUCUUCUUGAACAUCGCCGAGAACCUGACCGUGAGAGAAGAGCCUAUUGUCGGCAAAAGCUCACCGUUCUGGCUAGACCUGUUCCAGAAAUACCGGGACUACAAGAGCACGUGAAUGACUCAAACGUUCAAAACGAAAAGGAACUGUUUCUCGCCCCACGAAAUCUUGGGUCCAAAUCGUUAGCGUGUAGUGUUUUGCGGUGCUCGACAAGUCCGAAUACAGGCACUGAGAAAAGAUAUUUCCUCGGAUAAUAUUGCCCGAACAGAAAAUGAAAAAGUCGACUUUAAGAAAACCUACAACAGACUGAAGUAAAGACGAGGUGUUGUCAAGUCCUGAGCCCGAGAUGGUGUUUCCUUUGUCUGGGGGGAGAGGCCAAGUGAGCAGGCGGGCAAGAACAGGAGUGCAAUUCGAAACUGAAUGGAGAAUAAGGAGUAUGAGGAAAUAAGAGCUGCAGUUGCACCGCCGCACGGAAUAUAUCGCCUGGCGCCUAAUGUGAUCUACAUGGCAUGAUUGGUGGAAUGGAAUUGGCUCGCUGCACCGCCGCCCGCCUCCCCGAGCCACGCCGCCACACCCGACCCAACACGGCCUGACAGUGCACUACAGCGGCAGCCCCCUUUCUGCACGGCUUCGUACACCACCUCCCACCAUCAGAUACAGAGCAGUCGGAUCUCAAGUAAGAUUCAAAAGAAGUUGAAUUUAGCAGAACUAUCUACAAAGGAAUAAAAACUGUACUAGAUACUUCUCGUACCUUCAGAUAUUAGAAUAUUUUCUUAGAAAAUAAAAUAGUUGUCAUUCAUU